UAUUGGUAUAUAUUUUUAUUUAAUGACGACAUCUGUCCAAACGAAAGUAUAUUGCAAUAUAGUUAUUUAAGAAUGUCAAUUAAAGGUUAUGAUGUGUUAUUUGUCAUUGUAGUUAUUUGUUGCAUAAGUUGGUAAUAUCCGGUAAACAAACAUAUAGGAUACGUGUCGAUUCCAUUUAUCUAGAACAAAAACAUACCGAUAGUGUCAGUGAUAAGAGAUCUUUAGUAGAAGAUGGUUGUGACAUUGAAAAUACUAUUUUUAAUAACUGUUUCUAUAAUUCAAUAUGGUCAAAGCACCGACUUACGAAUAGAUCCUCUAGUAGAAUCUAACGUUGGAUUAAUUAGAGGGCUCCGUGCUUCGGAUGGUGAUUACUCCAUGUUCCUUGGCAUACCGUUUGCUAAAGUCAACGAGAGUAAUCCGUUUGGGAAUUCAAGUCCAUAUGGAAGAUUCGAAGAAAUAUAUGAAGCAUACGACGAUUCUUUAAUGUUAUGUCCCCAGUAUGAAUCAUCGAAAAUUUUGGGAAAUAUAAAUUGCCUAUACUUAAAUGUAUAUGUGCCAAACACAGCUAGUUCCCAAAAUCGAUUACCGGUAAUGGUUUGGAUACAUGGUGGAGGAUUUAAGACUGGUACUGGAAAAAUAACAGAAACCGGUCCCAAAUUUUUAGUAAAACAAGAUAUAAUUUUAGUAUCAAUUAAUUAUCGCCUCGGUCCAUAUGGUUUCAUGUGUUUAGAUAUACCAGAGGUCCCAGGCAAUCAGGGAUUAAAAGAUCAAUUACUAGCCUUAAGAUGGGUUAAGGAUAACAUCGAAGCAUUUGGUGGCGAUGUUAAUAAAAUAACUGUAUUUGGUCAAAGUGCUGGCGCAAUAUCAAUAGAUUUGCACCUUUUAUCUGUACAUGACAAUAUUUUUAAUAAAAUAAUAUUACAGAGUGGCACAUCUUUAGCUGCAACCGUUCUAGAAGCACCUGAUAAACAAGCUCCUAUUAAAAUAGCGGAAUUUCUUGGUUUUCAAACUGAAUCUAUACAAGAAGCUUUAAAUUUUCUUACUGGUACUGAUCCUAAUUUAGUUAUUGCAGCCUCAAACAGUCUACAUAUGCUUUUUAAACCUUGUGUUGAAACUGCGUUUGAUGAUGUUGAACCUUUUAUACUUAAACCUUGGAUUAACGCGAAAGUGACAAGAGUUAAGGGAAUGCCAAUACUUCUUGGAUUCAAUAAUAAAGAAAGAUGGUUUGAAUAUGUAAAUAAAGACUCUGAUUAUUUUGAUAAUUUAAAUGUAAUACAUGAUAAAUUGGUACAGACAUUCAAUUUUAAUAGCACCAAACUUACGGAAAUGGAAGAUAUCAUUCAUCACUUUUAUUUAGGAGAUAAUAAAAUAGCAAUAGAAUUUAGGGAUGAAAUUGGUGAUUUUGAUUCCGAUUACACGUAUAUUCACCCAGUUCAAAGAAGCAUUAGAAAAUAUAUCGAAAGCUCUGCUGAAAAUAUAUUCUAUUAUAUGUUUUCAUAUGGAGGUGAAAGGAAUUGGCAAAAAGUAAAACAGAAUGAGGUGAAAUUUCAAGAUGGUGCUUUUCAUGCCGAUGAAUUGGGAUAUCUGUUCGACGUGGCAUUUCUUACAGAGAAUAAUUUAGAAGAUCUAUUUAUCGUUGAACAAAUGACUACAAUGUGGGCUAACUUUGCUAAAUAUAGCGACCCUACACCUACUGUAACAGAAUUACUACCAGCCAAAUGGACACCAUUGACAAAGGACAAGUGGUAUUAUUUGAACAUAGACUCGCAACUGUCUGUGAGAAGCCGACCACUUCACGAAAGGAUGGCGUUCUGGGAUUUGUUCUACGAAACUAACAAAGUGGAACAAAAGGGCUAUGAAUAAGAUUCAUGAAUAUUAAAAAUAUCAUACAAAAGCUUGUAUAUUUUAAAAAUUCAGUCAUAUCUUUAAAAAAAAUGUGUAAAUCUAUAAUAAUAUUUUUUUAUGUAUAAUAAAUAAAGUAUAA